AUGGAUUUCGACGACAUAGAAGCACCGAUCAAAGCCACUUCUCGAGUCUCUAGAUUCGCGCCAAAAUCAUCCAAGCUCAAACCUAAAACCGAACAAGUACUCGUUCCCAAAUCCGAACCACCAUCAUUCCCCUCCACCAAACUAGAGCCACGAGAAAUUGACUUCCCUGCUAAACCUAAUGGCGUCCAAACUACUGUGCCGACCAAUGGUACUGUCAACCUCGACGCCGAAUCCAAGUCUGAAGCAAAAUUGGAUUCUAUGGAUGUAGAUAUGACCGAGGCGGAAGUUCAAGAGGAUUCAACACAUGCCAAUCCAAUGGAGGAAGACGAAGAAGAGGACACAGUUGUUCGCGAAAUUGAUGUAUACUUCUCACCUUCUAUCAAUGGCGGCACUAAGUUGUAUGUUAUGCAAUUUCCUUUGAGACCUUCUUGGCGACCAUAUGAAUUUGAUGAACAAUGUGAAGAGGUUAGAUUGAAACCUGAAAGUUCAGAAGUAGAGGUCGAUUUAUCCGUUGAUUUGGAGUCAAGUAAUACUGACAGUGAUUUUUCCAAUGAACUCAAAUACACAAAGCAGACUCUAUCAACUACAUGGAAGCCACCUCCUGCAAAUGGCUGUGCUGUUGGGCUUCUUAUGGGAGAUAAGUUGCACCUACACCCAGUUCAUGCAGUUGUGCAGCUCCGACCAUCACGAUAUUAUCUUGAUUCUGGUGGCUCAGAAAAGAAGAAUGCUGCUACGUCAAAGAAGCAGAAUAAGCGAAUGAAUUCUUCAACUGAGCAAAAGAGUGAUGAUGAUCAGUGUUGGGUUCCUCUUAAGUACCAUGGUUGCAAGAGUGAUAUCCCAUCUAGUUAUUUUCAGCAAAUGGUGGCACUAGAAAGUUCUCCCAUAAACUUUGAAAUGAACACGUAUGACUACAUUGCUACACUUUGUCCUGGAGUCAGCAGCAACACUCUAGCUAAAGGUCCUUCUAAAAGGUUUCUUCAAUCAUUGCCAAUGUAA